GUACUCCCUGUGCUGUAGUCAUGGUAGUAAAGUAGGUAACCCAGGGAGCUGUCAAGAUUUACAAGUCUAUCUCAACUGCAAUAUUAUUUAACAAACAGACCACAGCUAACAAUACAUGAGCUGCUACACUAGUCAGAGUCCUACUACUAGUACUACCUAACCCAGGGAGCUCCCGCCCGCUGCGCGGGCGGGAGCCCAGGCCAGGGGCUUACCCACUCACACUAAUACGAGGUUCGUAUAUAUAUACAAACCUCGUACACCGGACCGUGUUUGACCGUAGAUUUUGAAGUAGUCGGCAAACAUUGCUUCAUUGCUGAAGUAAUAUUUGCCGAAACUCCUUCUCGCUACGCACCGGGGCUCUUUCCGGUGAGGACGAAUUGAAGGGGGUUGGAAGAAUGACAGAGUCUGUGGGAACCAAGCGCAAGGGAACCCAUAAGGUUUCUACCUUGCAGAGCAUAGAGGAGAAGAUACAAAAGAUAUGGGCAGACCAAAAGAUCUUUGAGGAAGAUGCACCCAAAAACUUUCAGAAACCCGGACCUGGGAAGGACAAGUUUCUUGUGACCUUUCCUUAUCCCUACAUGAAUGGGAGACUUCACCUUGGUCAUACCUUCUCUUUUUCCAAGGCAGAGUUCAUAGUUGGAUAUCUGAGAAUGAAAGGCAAACAUUGCCUCUGGCCAUUUGGACUUCACUGCACUGGAAUGCCCAUCAAGGCCUGUGCUGACAAGUUGAAGAGAGAGAUAGAAAUGUUUGGUUGCCCUCCGGUUUUCCCUGUAGAACAAGCUGUAGUCCCAGACGAGAAAGAUGAUCCAAUCAUCAAAGACAAAGCUAAAGGAAAGAAGAGCAAACUGGCAGCCAAGACAGGAGUGGUCAAGUGGCAAUGGCAGAUCAUGGAAGGCCUGGGGAUACCUGCAGAAGAUAUCCCAAAGUUUGCAGAUGCCCUCUAUUGGUUGGACUACUUCCCUCCUCUGUGCAAGAAGGACGUCUCUCGUAUGGGUUGUAAGAUUGACUGGCGACGUACAUUCAUCACCACGGAUGCCAAUCCAUUCUACGAUUCCUUUGUGAGAUGGCAGUUCCUGCUCCUGAAGAAACGUCAGAAGGUCAAGUUUGGGAAGCGUUACACCAUCUACUCACCAAAGGAUGGCCAGCCUUGCAUGGAUCACGACAGACAGUCUGGAGAGAAUGUAGGACCCCAGGAGUACACCUUGAUCAAGAUGAAACUCCAGAAACCAUACCCACCGAAGCUCAAGAAUUUAGAGAGCAAGGAUGUAUUCUUGGUUGCCGCUACCCUCCGGCCGGAGACCAUGUACGGUCAGACGAACUGUUGGGUGCGACCUGACAUGCCUUACAUUGCUUAUGAGAUGGCAGGUGGAGAGGUCUUCAUCAGCACCAACCGAGCUGCCAGGAAUGCUGCUUUCCAAGGAAUGACAAAGUCAAAUGAUGUUGUGGAUGUCCUGGUGGAGCUAACAGGACAGGAUAUUAUGGGCGUGGCUUUGAGUGCACCCCUUACCAAGUAUGAUAAGAUCUACACCUUGCCUAUGAUGACAAUAAAGGAAGGUAAAGGAACAGGCGUGGUCACCAGUGUACCUUCGGAUGCUCCUGAUGAUUUUGCUGCCCUCAGGGACCUCAAGAAGAAAAAGGAUUUCCGAGAGAAGUAUGGUAUCUCUGAUGAGAUGGUGUUGCCCUUUGACCCCGUACCGAUCAUAGAGGUACCUGGAUAUGGCAACCUGUCGGCAGUCAAGGCGUGUGAUGAGUUCAAGAUCAAGAGCCAGAAUGACCGGGAUAAACUCCAGGAAGCCAAGGAGAAAGUCUAUCUCAAGGGCUUCAAUGAAGGGGUCAUACAGGUCGGAGAGUUCAAAGGUCAGAAGGUCAAGGACAUUAAGAAGGAAGUGAAGUUGAAGAUGGUGAAGGACGGGGAUGCAGUGAUUUACUACGAACCUGAGAAGAAGGUUGUUUCUCGUUCAGCGGAGGAGUGUGUGGUAGCUCUAUGUGAUCAAUGGUACCUUGAUUAUGGGACACCGCUAUGGAGGGAACAGGCCGACAAGAUGCUAGAAAAGAUAGAAACCUAUGCAGAAGAGACGUACAAGAACUUUGUUGCUACAUUGAAUUGGCUACAUGAACAUGCAUGCUCUAGGUCAUACGGUUUAGGUACCAAAUUACCAUGGGAUGAGCAGUACCUGAUAGAAUCCUUGUCUGAUUCUACUAUCUACAUGGCUUACUAUACAGUCUGUCACUUGCUUCAAGGUGGAGUCUUUGAUGGUCAAGGAUCCAGCCCUCUUCAUAUCAAACCAGGACAGAUGACUCCUGAAGUCUGGAACUACAUCUUCUUCCAAGAGAGUCCUUUCCCCGCUUCCACGGGUAUCCCGAAGACCACUCUAGAUCGUCUAAGACAUGAGUUCCAGUAUUGGUAUGGUGUAGACCUGAGGGUGUCUGGGAAGGAUCUCAUUCCAAACCAUCUCACAUACUGGAUAUACAACCACGGUGCAAUCUGGCCAGAUGAAGAAAACAGAUGGCCUAAAGGAACCCGAUGCAAUGGUCAUCUCAUGCUAAACAAUGAAAAGAUGUCUAAAUCAACAGGAAACUUCCUCACCCUUGCUGAUGCUAUAGACAAAUUUUCUGCAGAUGGUAUGCGUUUUGCCUUGGCUGAUGCCGGUGACUCAGCUGUAGAAGAUGCUAACUUCAUGGAGACUGUAGCCGAGGCAGGAAUCCUGCGUCUUUACAACUUCCUAGAGUGGGUCAAAGAAACCCUUGAGAAGAAAGACACCUUCAGGACAGGACCCUGCGAUACUUUCAAUGAUCGGGUCUUUGACAGCGAGAUCAAUAAGGCCAUCCUGGAUACUGAGAAGCAGUAUGAUCGUAUGAUGUUCAAGGAAGCCUUGAGGACUGGUUUCUAUGAGUUACAGGCAAUCAGGGACAAGUACUGUGUACUGUCCGUUGAAGGUGUUCAUCGAGAUCUGAUCCUGCGUUUCAUUGAGGUCCAGACCCUCUUGCUAGCUCCAUUCUGCCCUCAUCUGUGUGAACAUAUUUGGUCUCUUCUUGGAAAGGAUGGAUUAUUGAUGCGAGCAUCCUGGCCUGUAGCUGGUUCUGUUGAUGACGUCUUGGUAAGGUCGUCAGAGUAUUUGAUGGACACUGCUCAUGAAUUGCGUCUUCGGGUCAAGAUGGCAAUGAACCCUUCAAAGAAGAAAGGAGCCCCUCCCCCUAGGAAGCCUACCCAUGGUGUCAUCUAUGUAGCUAAGAACUUUCCACCUUGGCAGAAUGCAGUCUUGACAAAGCUCAAAGAACUAUGGCAGGCUAACAACAGUGCAUUUCCUGACAAUAAAUUGAUUCUUGAUCAAUUGAAGAGUAUUGAUGUGAUCAAGAAGUUCAUGAAGAAGGUCAUGCCUUUUGUCCAGCACAUCAAGGAGAAUGUUGCAAAUAAAGGACCUAGGGCCUUGGACACUACUAUGGAAUUUGAAGAGACUGAUGUACUACAGAGCAAUCUUGACUACUUGACAACUACAUUAGAGCUUGAAGGUUUAGAAGUUCGUCCAAGCAGCGAAGCUUCAGAUAAGAUCCAAGAAGAAUGUUGUCCCGGAAAACCUUUCUCUGUUUUUGUCAACCAGCCAUGUGUAUCGGUAAGCUUUGUGAAUCCCCAACCUAGUAAUGGUUUCUUCUCACUAAGAUGUCCUGUUUAUGAAGGAGAUACCGUCUCAAGGAUAGCUGCACGUAUCCAGAAGAACAGUAGGAAUAUACCAGAUCUUUCUAAAGUGAGUUUCCUCCGGUACAAUGAUCCAGCUCUCGGCCCACGAGCCCUCCCUCGUUACGAUUGUCCAGAAGAAGGAAAGACCCCUAUCCCUGCUACAGCCAAGUUCUCCAUUCAAGAUAAGACACAAACUGUUACUGUAUCCCAGAAUGGCUCAAAGGUAGAUAUAGGUAACAUGAUAGUGUAUAUGGUCAUGUCAUAGAGAAUUGGACCUGCUGUAAAGUAAAUGUGACCAACCCCAAAACAACAAUAAGUCGCCUGGAAAGGUCCUCUGUUAGUAUCCAAAAUUGUAGUAAUUUAGUCUUCAAAAACCGAAAUUGAGAAAAUUAGCUUCUCGGAAAGAGUAACUCUUCAUUCUUCAUUCUUUUGUAUUUGUUAAACAUUAAACAAGAUUCCAGAGUUUUAUUGACAUCUUUUGUUUAUGGACUGCUGGAAGUCUCACCCAGUGUGCACAGUUUGCACAUCUCAUCCUUGAGUAAUCCCCAUUCGGAGGUUUCAUUAAAAUUCUUCUACUUUGAAUCAAGUACUUCUCUGGAUCAUUGUUGAUCAAUUUUGACAAUUUAAAUAGCUUUGGGUCUUAAUUUUUCAAACUUCAUUAAAAAAAAUAUUCAAAAUUUAUUUUUUGGUAACUUUUUUGGGGGAUUUAGGCGGUGGAUCACAAAUAACACUUUACCCUAGGAGCUUGCCUGACAUUUCACAGCUGUGUUUACAUUCUGUAAACAAUGGACAAAUCACACCCGAAUAUUAAAUUCAAAAUUAGUAGUAGAAGAAUAUUGUGACAUUAUACAAGUCAAAUUCAUUGAAAAUAAUAGUUUUAAAAUAAUGUAACAGUAUUUAUGUAAUUACUUUCUUUAAUUAUCUAGUGAAUUUUUAGCUAUGUAAAUCUUUUUUUUUUCAGUUAAGGCCGCAGUUGCCUCUGCCUACAUGUAUGUCAACAAAGCAAAAGACAAUUAAUUAAUCUUUUAAUUCAUCAGUCACAAAUGAUUGUGGGUUGUUUUCUUACUAAUUUUAUCCUUUCACUUCUUUAAAGUGUAUACUUUCCCCAGACCUUCUUUCUCUCUAUAAUAUAAUGGUUCCAUAAUGUAUCAUUUGGAUGACUAGAAUCCUAAAUUACUGUUUGAGGCCCUGUCACAUCGUUCCAUGCAAGCCUUGCCCGCUGGAGCGAAUGCAAGUCUGAUUUGAACUAGACUCACCAUCAAGGCUUGCACAGAACAAUGUGACACACUCUUUAUAUUGUUGAUUUUCCUCAAUGAUCAACUAUUGAAAAGGUAUAUUCUGGCAGGGGAUAGAGACUCUAAUGUGAUAUAAAUAGUUAAUUUACAAUAGACAUGUUUUUACUGUAAGUAGCAAGUCGAACUAAGCUACAUGUAUCUGUUGCACAAAGUAUGUCAACAAUCAAAUGCAAGACUUAUGAUUGAUUUGAAAAGAUGUGAUUUACAUAAUACUUGCAAUAUAUUAUAAGUUUCUUGCAAUGUUCCCUUGAACUGGUAGCCAAUACUUGAGAUACAUGUAUGCUGCUCUAAUGCAUAUAAGAUGGGAGGUUUAGGUACUACCUUUUCAACUGACUUGUAAUCAUUGACAUUGAAUAUGGGGGUCAAUAGGGAUUGUAUUGGUCUGAAAUCAUGUACCACUUAACCAUUGCAAUACUACUGUAUGUCAUGAUAAUUAUUCAUGACCAAUAAAAUAAAUAAGUGUUUGUGCCUGCUUUUUUGUCAUUUGUAUGCUGGUACACUUUGAAUCACAAACAUGUUUCUUACAAGUGAUUGGAUGGAUUGAAAAUCAUGAAGCUCAGAGAUGAUCAACUACUGCAAUUUAUUUGUUGUAAUGUUAGUGAAAUGAAAAGGUAUACUGUUCAAAUUCCUGUCUCAAUUGACAGGUUUGCUUUUAAUGAUUUAUUUUCAAAUAAGGGACGUUCUUCAAGAUAUUAAAGUUUGUCUAAGGAUAACAUGACACAGCAGCAGAUAAUUAUGUCUACCUGAAUUCAUAUGAUCUAUUGAUACUAUGUCAAUGAUACACAUUGCUAAAGCUUCAUUCAGGAGUCCUUUCUUUAAAUCUCUUUGGUCUAUUAUUGGGUUUAUGGCACAAUGUGUUUAACAUUUGUGGCAUUGAAUGAAUUCAUAUAUUCUAUGGAGAUCAGUAAGUUGUAAAAUAUUGAUGAGUACUCGAAUGAAUGAUUAUGAAUGUAUUAUAAGUAUUCAAUUUUAUUUCCAAUGUUUUUAAGUUGGCUACGAUCUAAAAGAUAUGAAUCAUAUUUAUGAAUUUCUAGGGAAAAAAAUUAUGUAAAGUCAAUUACCUUAAAAAAAUUCAUCAAACUGUUCAUUAAUUCGCUGUCAUGCAAGCAUGUUUCACAAGCCUGAAAUUAUCAUCGUUUGUUACAUCUGCAUAUCUUCUGAUUGUUCAAAUUCAGUUGCAAUUUUUAUUUUCUCCUUGUGAAUUGGAAUUUACUUAGAAGUACAUUCCUAUUUAUUUAUGUUAAAAAACAUGAAUAUUAUUUCAUAAACACUUUACUUUGAUUUAUUUCGACCUGCCUAUUUCAAGAUUUGGUAAUUAUCAAACCUGGUAAGAUUUCUUUAUUUUGCGCUUCCAUUUUGUGAAUUUUGAAAUAUACAUUUAGUUCUACUAUUACAUUUUUCUGCAGUCUUCUUUGUAAUACAUGUUCCGUUUAAUAGAUAUUUUCAAAGAUGUAAGGAGUUGGGAGCUUUUUUCUUGCUUCAAACAGUAAAUGGGGGCUAAGGGUCAUUUAGUCCCCGAAUUGUCCAAAAAAUCACUGUGAUUACAUAUUACUCCUCAUGUACAAUGGUGGAUAUUUUGAAAGAGUAUAGGAUAUAAUGAUGAUGAAAAAAAUUCAUUAUUUAUCAAAUUUCUUUUUGAAAUAUUGCUUUAUGAAAAGUGUUGUUACAAUUCCUAUCAAUAGUCUGCUAAAAGUGCAUUUUACAAAUGUAAGAUAUGUAUUUGUCUCAAGUAAGCUAAGUGUUUGUGCUAUAAGUACAUUUUGGUAAUGUAUACUUUGCAGAGGUCUGUAAUGAUAAAUAAAUGUACUGUAUGUGUCAAGUGGAA